UAAUAAUCUACGCGUGAUAUGAUGUUGGAUACAACAGUCUUCCACGAAAAUUCUUCCAGUUCAGUUCUGCGGUUCAGUACCCAUGGAACGGAUGCAAAAUAUUCAUAUGUGCGCACAUAUACUUUAUAUAAUCACGAUAGUGGCUAGCAGAUAUUGUUUUACAGAUGGGAUGAGUAACUCUAUGGUUUUGAUACCCUGUUGCUGUUUCAAUUCUUCUUCUAUCUUCAUCCUGCCCUUAUAUCCCAUGGCUUAGUAAUA